CCAGCAGAUAGGGGAUGACAAACAUAAUAUCUUCCGCAUUUACACGUGUUAAAGAUUUCUUCUCAAGUCAAAACUUAGCUCUGACUCAAGAUGAACAAAGCGCUUCCCAAAGAUGUGUAACAUCACUCGUUCAGGACAUUCAAAAUGCCGGAGGUGAAGUUAUAGAUGUAACGGAAGGUUCCGUGCUCUUUCACAUUCGAUGCCAUUCCGUUGUUGUGCUGUUAAGCGUAUUGAACUAUUUUAAUAGCACAGUUUUAGAACAAAGGUUGAAGGAUAUAGAAGAAUGUUUAACAGAGGAAACAGGAGCACAAAUAUACUUGUCAGCAUGCAUUCCAAUAAAAUCACUACAGGAAGCCUUUCGAAAUAUACAUGAAAAACAAAGUAAUAUGUUUACAAAAACAGUACGUUUUUCCAUAAAAUGUCCAGGUGCUGAAGGUGUUCUAAACGUCGUCAACUUAUUCGAAGGUUCCAAAAUGUCUGACAAUAUUUCCACAUUAUCGGACAGUUUAUCAAGUGAAGUUGCAGGACCUGUUACGUUGAGAACAUCCGUUGAAUCGUAUACAGUACAAGAGUAUAUUAAAAAAGCAAGAGAUAAACAGUGUUCUAUUAGUUGCUAUUGUUGUAUUGUUUUACUUCUGUAUCAUGACUACAUUCUGUGA